AUGACCGGCCCUGGAGAAACCGAGAAACAAAGAGGAAGCGUGGUGAUGAGUCAAAACAACCGGUCGGGUAAUAUGCAGUACAGUAAUGAUACCGAAGAGCCAUUGCUGGGCCAAGACCGUGCGAAGACGGGCGCAUCAUUGCUCGAAGAUACGGGUGAUUGCAACCACCUCCUGGAUUCGGGCGCGGGAAUGAUGGCCGUGGUUGUGGACAUACCCAACAGCAUCCUAGGCGCCAGGAUCAUCGGGCUGUGGGGGCCUUAA